UGUUGAUCUAUCGUUAAAAAUGCUGCUCUCUGGAAGAUCAACAACUGGUGAUCAGUCACAGAUCCACUGUAAUCGAACGAGACCCGGAUCAGCCUUCUUUUUUAUAUUAGUCGUACUACAAACAUUGACCACUGAUACUGCGAUCGGGAUUUCGCCUAAACAUUGACAGCAACAACGAAUUACCACCUUGUUUUUAGUGAUGGCCGUUUUGUGACACCAUGACUUAUCGUGUCGUUCUCUUCGAUUUGGAUGAGACGUUGUGGGAGUGCUUACGGACGAUCAAGCAGGCGGCUGAAAAAACCACUGCGAGGUAUCCACAUCUCACCAACUUUGAGACGGGGAUAAAGCCACUGGUCGCAGAAUUUCCUGACAAAGCAUUCGACUACACGUUUUUACUUAUGCCUCUCGUGAUAAGGCUCUUGUGAUAAAUGAAGGUACUACACGUUUUUACUCACGGGCCAUGAUGUAGCUGUUUAGCAGGAAGUACAUUACUUAUCAUGGCUGUUGCGCAUUUAGGUUGAUAGCAAAUAAAUUUUUACUUUCUUAUUUUCACAGACUGUCGUGUGCAAUGAAUUGCCACUCAUCUCCAGCAGUUUGUUACUUGUUGAAAAAAACUCCUUGUCUUUCUAAUUUCCGCAAGACCUACUUGGAGCGUGCUAACCGUGACGCGGUGAAUGACGGAAGGAUAGGUGAUGGCGGUAAAGAUGCUGUCGAUGAGCAGUUCAGAUUCUGGCAUAAGUGGCGCAACACUUAAGGCUUACCCUACUCCAUCUGUUCGGAAGCAUCUUAAAGACGUUUUCGAGGGACAAGCAGUCUCAGGAUGGGCCUCGAGAUGGAUUAGGGUGAGCUCUAAAGCCCUCCUUUUUUCUUUCCUGGCGUCGUUUCAGCCUUGAGAAAACUGAGGGAGAUGAGAAAGUACUUCUUACCGUGUUAUUGUUGCUUUUUUUUAUGAGAAAUUUAGUACUUAAUUAGUGUUUAUGUUUGUUACUUCUGAGAAUCUCUUUUCUAUUACCUCUUUUUAUGUUCUUUAUACAACCAGGUCCUUGGUGAUCGGCGCCGUUACAGACGGGAACGGAGACGUCUUUCAAGUCGACGAACUUCAAGUUAAGGCUUGUACAAAUAUUAUAUCUAGGACACUUUUCAUUUUUAUUCCACCGUUAGUUCUCUCCCAGGACAUGCACCAGACAAUUAGGAAAUCUAAUUCAUACUUGAUAUUGUAGUAUACUGAUGAAGUCUAAUGAUGCUGCAGCAAGUUAAUUUUACUGUAUCUUCAUGAAAAAAUUCUGCUCCAGUAGGAUAAAAGCUGUACCUUGAGCACAAAAAAGUCUGCUCUAAUCAAAGUAUCUUCGAUUUCAGUGUUAGCGGUAUAGAGGCUGGUGCGCUGAAACCCGAUCAGCGUCCAUUUGGUCUUGCGAUAGAAAAGGCUAAGAAAUUUCUCAAGGAUUCUGAUUGUCAUCCUUUGUCUCCUCGCGAAGUGCUGAUGGUAGGCGAUGAUUUCUUAUGCAGGGUGUGAUAGCAUUCAGGGUGUGGUAGCAUUUCAUCAUCUGGUCUUUUCUGGUCUGUCUGGCGGAUCGUUGUCCUCCUGAGUGUAUUCCCUUGGUGAACUACCCCUGUGACUAUCGUCGUAUCUUGUCAUCAUCUGGGGACACUAGGGGAGUCAAGGGAAUUGCUCAGGGAGUCACUCACUGAAACCGUAGUUAGCAAGAUGAUGAAAAACUGCUACCCCACACUGCUAAACUUUGGGAAGGACAUUGUAGGCGGCGUCAAUUUUGGCAUGGAUACAUGUUGGAUCAGGGCUGAAGAGAAGGCCAAACCUGAUACGCUUGUUGAUGAAAGUAGGAAAGAUGGUCUUGCCACAGGUACAACAGAAGCAGCAGUCCCAAGUUCUGCCAUUCCUUCUCCAACAUCUAAGUUCGAAUCAGUGGUUGAAUUAAUCGAUUCUGUCUUGUUGGCAGGUGUAGAAACAACAUUACACAAAUUCCGCUGGACAUCGCCAACAUUUGGUCGUUCAACAGCGACCACAGAACGUUUUCUACACCACAGAAGAGCUUUUGAAGUGUUCACAUGCUCAGCACUCGGCAGACAUGGGAGAAAGAAGUUACGAAAAGAAGACUUCAGUAGAAGGAGAACUACCCAUUUCUAA